CUGGAUCACAUUACGCAUCAUGAGCCUAUCUGUCGAUCGCGGUUUGAUGGAUUACGAUUAACAGAUACAUAAACAUACAUUCCGUUUAAAGGAUGAAAACUUUGAGUUUGAGACCAUCGACAUCAAUUGAGUGCAGCAUAACAAUCUAACGACGGCCUCGGCAACGAGAUCCUAUCGAAGAAGGCUGUCACCAUGGACUCCAAUUGAGGGGCACAGCAAACCCGCUUGUACAGCGUGUUGACUCUCGCUUUGGAAGCAUUGCCGAGCAGAACAUGUCCUCUUUAUGGCCGCCUCCACUCGCUGCUCGCUCAGCUCCUGUAUUUCACGAAAGCGGGCUUUCUGGAGACGAUGCCGUUAGGGCCACCAACGACGACGCCGCUAUUAGCAGACUUGCGGCUGUCAACCAAGGUUAUCUUUCUGAUCCCUACGCCAAGCAUUUUGUUCGCCGACCGCAGCGUCGACCUCCAGUUAUAAAUCGAGGAUCCUACACUCGUUCUAAAGCUCUCGAUACCCUUGUUCAACAAUUUCUAAAAAGCGGCGAUGGAUCUCCGAAGACAAAGCAGAUUGUUUCAUUGGGUGCUGGGUCUGAUACGCGGUGGUUCUUGCUGAAGGCCCAAGACUUGCAUCCAGCUCGUUAUUAUGAGAUCGACUUUCCUGAGAUAACAGGAAGGAAGGCGCAGAUCAUCAAGAAGAAUAACGAAAUGACGGAGCUUUUAGGCGAACACCUUUUGACAUCCGGUGGAACAGAACUUCAUAGCGACAAUUAUCACCUUAUCCCUGGCGAUCUCCGGAAUUUUUCAACCGAGAUCUUGCCGCGUAUUGCCUCUCUUGGGUUUGACAAAAGUCUUCCAACCCUUUUCCUUUCCGAGUGCGUCCUUAUAUAUAUGUCCCCUCGCGACUCUGCGAAUCUUGUACAAAGUGCGGCAGAAAGUAUCGAAUCAGGUGUGUUUGUAACUUACGAACAGAUCUUACCUGAUGAUCCCUUCGGUGUCACAAUGUUGCAAAAUUUGAAAAUGCGCGGGAUUGAAUUGCUGGGCAUCCGAGCUCACCCGAGUCUACAGAGUCAACGGGAUAGAUAUUUGAUCGCAGGCUGGGAUGAAGCAGGUGCCGUAGAUAUGAAUAUGUUUUGGGAGCGGAUAUUGGACUCGGACGAACGUACCAGAGUAUCCGCGUUGGAGAUUUUUGAUGAGGUAGAGGAGUGGAGAUUACUUUCGGGACAUUAUUGUGUGUCAUGGGGAAUCAAAACUCGCAAGGGCGCGGAUAAUGGCUUAAAAAAUGUAGGGUUGUGGGAACUGUCCUCUUGAACGGUUUAAGUGUACGCAACAUGCAUUGAAUGAACUUUCAUUUCUUCGCCAUGGCGGAAAUAAUUGGAAACAUUUAUCUUAU